CCACAUUGCCUAAUCCCUUCACUUUUUUUAUUGUUUUUUCACGAAUGAAUAUUCUUCAUCUUUCAUCUCACUCUUCACUGUUCCUUUGUCUUCUUGAUGAAAUAAGGAAAUGUGUGAGAAAUUUCGCUGGGUUUAUAUAAAUUUUAGUAUUUGUUCAACUCUUUGAAUUGGAAAGAAGGAACAUUUAAGAACACUGGGUUUGGACAACGAUGGUGAUUAAGAAGGAAAUUACAGCAAGCAGCAAGCUGGUUGUUCAUCAUGGCGAGCUUGUAAAAUCAGCACUGUUUCCAAAGGAUUUGGUCUCAAUUUAUGUAUUUUCUGAUACAGACCUUAAUUUGCUUAGGGCGAGGAUGACAAAAGAAUGCAGGAAAACUCGCAGGGAAUUCGAUAGAGUGAAAAGGAACAAUCUUAGCUACACAAGUUCACAAACAAGUUCAAGGCGAAAGGUUAUAAAGAAGAUAGCUAAGCGUUGUGCUGCCAUGGCUGUAUUUAUAAGAAGAAACCCAGAGGAGACUCUCUGGAGGUGGAUGUCAUAUGCCAGCUAUAGUGUAAAGCGAUUGCUGCCAAUUACUGCUCUUCUGGGAGUUGACAAGCGAGAGAUCAUCUUGGAAAUACUUCCAGUUCACCAUUUACAAGGUUUCAGGUUAAAUUUGACAUCUCAAUUGUAUCUCAAUAAGAUCAGUGCUAGCUUGAGAUAUGCAGAUCAGGAACCAGGGUCUGAAGAAGCUGAAUCUCCUGUAUGUCGGACCAUCUCCAAUGUAGCAAGUGAUGAUAUUGGAGGCCUGCAAGAAGACAAUUCUAUUCCCAAUCAUAAUGGCAAGGCUGUUCUCUUGAAUUCCAUAUCUAUAAUCCGAAGAGAACUGCCGGAACCAUGUCUUGGGUGGCCUUUACUUCGAAGAAAAUCUCCUGCAAACCAAGAGUUCAAGAAACAUGCAGAUAGGGAUACGUCUGUUGUGGAAUGGGUAUUGGGCCUGCCUAAUCGAGGUACCACUGUUGUCGACCUGAUUGCUUUGCAUUCGAAUCAGACCAGCAUCAAUGCCAAAAGAAAUAUUAAUGAUUCUUAUAUUGAGAAUCACAAGGCUGAAUGCAAUGCAGAAGAUUCAGUUUCUUCGAACAUGAAAGAUUUGGAACCAAAAUCAAAGCCUGGUUGGCCUCUUCUCCGCAUUACAGCUUCCACUACUUCAGAUUCUUGUUCAGAAUUUGAAGAUACAAAAAUGCCAUCGCCAAUGGUUGAGAGGGUGAUGAACACAGCUAUUCAAUCGAAGGAAGAGGACAAUCAUGUAGGAAUAGAAAAAUCUUUACCAGCACUAAGAAAGAUGCCGAAUGACUUGGAGCUUCGUUGCAAGCAGUUCAGGCUCAGAGAGCUUAAGCAAGCAACUUCUGGAUUCUCACCAGAAAACUUGAUUGGAGAGGGAGGAUGCAGCAAUGUAUACAAAGGGUUUCUUCCAAGUGGCAAGCCAGUGGCUGUUAAAAUUCUAAAAUCAUACAAAGAAGCUUGGAGUGACUUCUCCUUGGAAGUUGAUAUUGUUUCUUCGUUGAGACAUAAGCAUAUCACGCCACUAAUUGGAGUUUGUGUUGAAAAUGACCAUCUCAUCUCAGUCUAUGACUUGUUUCCAGCAGGGAGUUUAGAGGAGAUUCUCCAUGGUCAAAACAAGAAAUCUGUGUUGCCGUGGGAGGUCAGGUUUAAAAUGGCCACAGCAGUUGCCGAGGCUCUAAAAUACCUGCAUAAUGAAUGCUAUCCACAUGUUAUUCACAGAGAUGUAAAAUCCUCCAAUAUUCUUCUCUCUGAUGAUUUUCAGCCACAGUUAUCUGAUUUUGGGCUAGCCAUCUGGGGACCAAUGGAUGCAACCAACAUGAUUGACAGCAAUGUGGUAGGAACCUUCGGAUAUAUAGCUCCUGAAUAUUUCAUGGAAGGAAGGGUCAGUGAUAAGAUCGACGUAUACUCCUUCGGCAUCGUGCUUUUAGAAUUGCUAUCAGGAAGAAGGCCCAUAAGUUCAAAAGCUAUGGAAAAACAAGAAAGCUUGGUCCAGUGGGCUAAGGCAUUAUUAGAAAGAAGGGAUCUCCCAGCAUUAGUGGAUCCAGCAUUAGAUGGAGAUUUCGAUGUUGCACAACUGCAUAGAAUGGUUCUCGCUGCAACCCUCUGCCUCAAUCAGUCAGAUAUACACCGUCCAAAAGCGAGCCAGAUACUACAAAUAUUGCGAGGAGAGCAGGAGCCAACAGAGGGCUAUAAUUUACAUGCCACAUAUAUGAAGGUGCCAAAUAACCAGGAAGAUGAUGGCCUUCGCAAACUAUAUGCCUAUCUUUCAGUUCCAUUUAGUGAUGAUGAUGAUUCAACAUCCAAAUGCAGUUAUAGCAUAAGAUGUAAAACUGGAAAGAAGCGUCAUUUAAUGCUGAAGGAAUACCUUAGAAAAUGCUAAUCGUUAUAAGUCACUUUCAAAA